UUUUCUGUGGCCAUGAAGUCCACUCUCUUUCUCUCUCUUCCUCCGGUGACCAAUUGCCUUCCACACUCCACUUCGCCUCUUCUCACUCUCCUCAACCCCUCGCCAUGGCCGUCGCGGUACCUAAAUUCUCCAUCGCCGCCCCUUCAUGCACCGUUCCUCGCAGCCGCCUUCCGCCGUCCGCGAAGUCCAUUUCCAAUUUUCCUCCGGCACCCGACCGCGCCAGAGCUAGGGCUAUGAAAUGCAAGGCUACCGAUGUUUCGCCGCCGCUGUCUUCGGUGGCGUCCGAGGAAAAAGGGAAGAGCUGGGUGCCGGUGGUUCCGGUAACGGCGCUGCCGAAGGGGGAGCGGCGCGUGAUCAUACAAGAUGGGGAGACGGUGCUGCUGUUGUGGUAUAAAGACGACGUUUUUGCUAUCGAGAAUAGGUCUCCGGCAGAGGGUGCCUAUUCUGAGGGCUUGCUCAAUGCUAAGCUCACUCAGGAUGGAUGUAUUGUUUGCCCGACCACUGAUAGCACUUUUGAUUUGCAAACUGGCGACAUUAAAGAGUGGUAUCCUAAGAAUCCUGUCCUUAGGGCACUCACGCCACCUCUGAGAACUUUAUUCAUAUAUCCUGUAAAAAUUGAUGGUGAGAAUAUAUACAUAAGCAUGGGAAGAAGCUCGCAAUCUGAUGCGUCUACUGAGAUUGUUUUCAGUGGGAAAGCUAAUCCCGGUGUGACGGCCUCAGACGUCAAUGUUGAUGUGGUAAGAAUGAUUGUUGAUGAAGACCUCGAAGGUUUUGGUUUCACCGGAAAAAAUGAAUUGAUAAACGGGAAAGCAGCUGCUGUCGGUUUCUUGCUGCUCUUGGAUUUCGAACUACUGACAGGUAAAGGCCUACUCAAGGGAACCGGUUUUUUGGACUUCAUUUACUCUAUUUCAAAUGCUCUACAAUGAUUUCCACCCAAAUCCGGCCUAAAGUAAGCAUUAUCUGCAUGUACUGUUUGUGUUUUGCCCUUCAUUUCCUCUUUUUUUGUUUGCCCUUUUAUUUCUUGAGCUUGUCUAUAGAAAGAGCAAACAUCAUUUGGUUGAUAUACAUUUUUUUCGUCGAUAAUUCAUACUUUUUAGUAGAAUUUUAAGAAAUGAUUGUACACCUUUGAGAAAACAAUAUAAUUGUUAAUUUAGAUUGAACUCGGCACAAACCGCCAGCUAGUAGAUUACGAGGUGUUAACUUCAGAGUCAGAUGGCAAAGGUUUUUAGACAGAGUCAAUAUGUUGAGCUUUCACACACCACCGAAAGAUCCAAAACAAUUUCUACUACACUAAUAUUGUAAGACUGG